AUGACCUCUUCCACCACUCCUAGAACCCUCCCCGCCCUCCCCGAGGAGAUCUGGCGUCUCAUCAUCCAACAUGGAGUCACCAUGCAGGCAACCUCGGACUUCCGCACCUGGCCAUGCGACCACUCCAACGAACUAAACGACCAACGCCUCCACGACCCAACUACCCGAUUCGACCACCAGCGCGAGCGGAGGGACUACGCGGCUAUGCUUCCGCUUGCUCAAACAAGCAAGUUCUUCUCCCGUCUCGUGGCAAACGAGCUCUACCAGAACAUCGUGCUGUGUGACUACCAUGGUAUCAGACGUGACCAGGUCACACUCUUGCUACGAACCUUGGUCGAGGCUCCCAAGUCCCGCGAACGGGUCAAGCAUAUCACGGUGGUGCCUUUCUUUCACUGUGAAUGGCAAGCGAGACCAGGGGUCCCGGAGCCCCCUGCCGGCCUUCGGUUGAUGGGGAAGGAUGCAUUACCUGGUGAUUACCAAGGGGCCGUGACCUUUUUGCAAGAGAAGGAUGUCAAGAAACUGGAUAGACAAGCCCAGGGUAUCAUUGACAUCGCGGGCCUUGAGCUCGCCCAUGUGCCUGAGAAUCGGAUGUUCAAGGCGUCGAUAGGGUGGCUUGAAAGAGCACUUGCCGCGUUGGUGUGCCUGUCUAGUGGUCUUCGGAGCCUGUCUAUUCAGGACCCUCCCCCGAGCAGUGGCUGGUCAGCAGCGCACACGCAGAUGGAUAUAGACGGGUUUGAGCACACCAUCCGUAAGAUCCGCAAACUCCCUAGCUCGUAUGGAAAGAUUUUCCAGCAGCUGGAAGCGGUGUCCAUAGCGACGACGAGAUUCAAGAACGACUCUGACGAGGCGUUCUCCGUCUAUUCAUCGCCGCGCCUGACUGGCUUUCAAGCGCUUGGGUUUCUUCACAUGAAGGACUGGCAUCGCUUGGCUGACUACCGGUCAACCUUGAUCCGCCUGGACAUCGGCCACCUCUACCCCCAGCUCAGCAAUGUUAGAUGGGCUGGCUUCAAAGAAACUAACGAGGUACGAGCCCGCGAAGCCAGGGAGUUCAGGCGCAUUUUGUCGACCUUCACUCGUCUCAAAUUCCUGCGAGUCUCUUAUGUUCUCCUGAUUGGCCAGCUGGAAGAGAAGACCACGAAAUUCAGCGACAUGCUAUCCGAACUCCUCCCUCCAUCCGUCGAAGAUUUCCAGAUAGCAGUGUUUAAUCACGGCGUGGACAACCGAUAUGAGCGGCCAAACAUCGACAUGUCUGUCAAGUGCUUUUUCGAGGGUCUUGAGUCAUGGACAUUGGACCUCGACCAGUAUAGAUACCGGCUCGAUUUCUUCGCCAAGUACAGUGAUCUCUGGGAUAUCAGUAUACUGGUUCACCAGAAGGGCAACUCCCGGGAACAAUCGCGAUUCUGGAGGGAUAGACGGCGCAUCAAUCAGACAAGGCUGCGGACAUGGCUGGCUUUUGGUGAUAACCAUGUCGAUCCAACCGACGAUUAUCACCAAUAUCGCGUACAGCACGGCUAUCUCCCAGACGUCGAGGAACGGAUUGAGGCGCAAAGUAAUGACGAGCCGGGUAACUCUUUCGAAGGAUUUUGUCCCUGGGAUACCUUGCAAAGGGUGCAGGCCCAACUGGAGCUAAUGUGGGUGAACUUUGAGGUUUAUACCUUCCAGCCCCUGAUGUUUCAGGAUAUCAUGUGUCGUGACCGGGAAUACUUCACGCGUGAGGGAUCUGUGCAGUGGCUUCCACUUGUAUGGUGGGAGGGGUGGCGAUGA